AUGAACGAGAUGAUAGUUUUAGAUGAAUUCGAACAUUCACUCAACAUUGUGGGAGUAUCGGUGCAUUCUAUUGAAAUGGCGGUGACAUCGAGGGCGCUUUUCAAAAUGUUUGGCGAGCGAGCAUUGUACAAGCGCGUUAUAAAGGCUUGUGAAUCGCACGAUUACAAGAAGGCGCCGACAGUAACCGCGUUGAACGCUGUAUUGCCUAGAGUGUUACUUUAUGACGCGACCAACCUUGCAUUCGAUCAGCACCGUCAUUUUGCAGAAGCCGUCAUAAAAGCAAAGCACAAGUUGCUUCGCCCCUGUAAUCACCGCGUCAACAAAGCCAAAACUAGUGGGCGUAUCAGAAUUUUCUUCAACAGUGAGAGCACCAUGGUGAUGCAGUUAAUGACAAGCAACUCGGCAGCAGCUAAAGUGACUGCGGAGCGCACCAAAUUAUUUAAGCAAUCGUUGACAGGAAAACUAGGCGAAGACGAGUUCAUCGAAACAGCGGAGGUGUAG